UGACAGGAGGGGAGCUGUGAUUUACACGCCCAAGGUAAGAGAAGACAACUCAACACAGAGGAGGAAGACAAAAAAAGGUCACAGACUUGUUUCGAACUUUCACGUUACUGAACACAGGUGUUUCCAAAGGUCUCUGACAUUGUUGAUGACCUCAGAGCUGAUUGAUUUGACCAGACUAGAGCUGAUAGGAUUAUUGAUCACAUUGAUCAGGUACCUCUAACCCACCAAACAUUAUCGGAGGUCGGAGGUCACACCUUGCUGGAAGUUUCUGGAUUAUAUAUUUGUUUUUGGAGACUGCUGAUUGGUUAAAGGACAUGUUUGGAGCCUGCUGAUUGGCUGGUUGAGCGUCUCAAAAUAGCCACCCCAGAACUGAUGCACGAAGACGAGGCGAGACCGACUGGAGGCCACUCCCACUUUGAGGUCUCUGUGACAAUGGAGUCGCAGCCGCCGCCACCACUUCCUCACAUCGUCUCCAACGGCAACCCUCGCGGCAACCCUUCGUCAUCAACGAUAACGGACCACAUCCCUAACACUAAGUCCAAGCAUAACCAGGACGACCGACAGACCAAAUCCAGCAGACUGAUCCGGUCGCUUAGCAACGGUCUCCGGAAACACAGUGACUACGUCAAGAUUUCGGUACCGGAAGGCCGAGGCAACCGGUUGCCGCGGGAAUGGUGGAAAACAGGGGUGGCGUUUGUGUACGCGUUAUUCAACCUCAUCCUGACCACCGUCAUCAUCACCGUCGUACACGAACGGGUACCGGAUAAAUCGGUCAGUCCCCCGUUACCGGAUAAGUUCUUCGACUAUGUGGACCGUGUACCGUGGGCGUUUACGGUCACCGAAGUCAACGGGAUGGUGUUGGUGGGACUCUGGUUCAUACAGUGGCUGUUCCUCAAACACAAGUCCAUCAUCGGUCGGAGGUGUUUCUUCAUGAUUGGGACGUUGUACAUGUACCGUUGUGUCACCAUGUACGUCACCACGCUACCUGUCCCUGGAAAACACUUCACCUGCGCUCCCAAGCUUUAUGGUGACUCUGAAGGGAUGGUGUGGCGUAUCCUGGGUCUGAUCAGUGGAGGAGGCCUGUCAAUCACCGGGGGUCACCUCAUGUGUGGAGACUUCCUUUACAGUGGACACACUGUAACACUCACACUGGCGUACCUGUUUAUCCAAGAGUACUCCCCCAAGAAGAUGUGGUGGUACGUGUGGUUGUGCUGGUUGCUCAGUGUUGUGGGCGUGGUCUGUAUCCUGAUUGGUCAUGAGCAUUACAGCAUUGAUGUUGUCUUCGCCUACUUUGUUACGUCACGCCUCUUCUGGUGGUAUCACACCAUGGCCAACACACAGGCUCUGCGCGGGGCUUCUAACAACUACCUGUCAAGGACCUGGUGGAACCCUGUGUUUGACUUCCUGGAGCGUAACGUCAUGGCAACCGUUCCCUGUGUGUUCUCCUGGCCCGUCUCUCUGCCCUCUGCAUGGUGUAACAUUAACCCCUGUGAGAGAUACUCUAUGGUAGAGGGAGAUGGGAACAGAGACCAGUAGAGGGCCUGUCUCUGCCCUCCUCGUGGUAACAACAACCCCAUGGUCAAUAACCCCAUGGUAGAGGGGGAUCCAUUUUCUAUCCAUCCCUCUGGUCACAGAUCACAGGCUGUAGCUUGUAAUGAAAGAAACCUUCCUGAAGGCUCGGUCAUUACUACCUCUGGUGUUCUUCAGCACGGAUGCUACAGGCUAACACACCUGCGUAGGGGAUAGGGGUGCACUGCGUAGGGGAUAGGGGUGCACUGCGUAGGGGAUAGGGGUGCACUGCGUAGGGGAUAGGGGUGCACUGCGUAGGGGAUAGGGGUGCACUGUGUAGGGGAUAGGGGUGCACUGUGUAGGGGAUAGGGGUGCACUGUGUAGGGGAUAGGGGUGCACUGUGUAGGGGAUAGGGGUGCACUGCGUAGGGGAUAGGGGUGCACUGCGUAGGGGAUAGGGGUGCACUGCGUAGGGGACAGGGGUGCACUGCGUAGGGGAUAGGGGUGCACUGCGUAGGGGACAGGGGUGCACUGCGUAGGGGACAGGGGUGCACUGCGUAGGGGACAGGGGUGCACUGCGUAGGGGACAGGGGUGCACUGCGUAGGGGACAGGGGUGCACUGCGUAGGGGACAGGGGUGCACUGCGUAGGGGACAGGGGUGCACUGCGUAGGGGAUAGGGCAUCAUUUGAGACUGAUGCGUUGUGUAUUGGGUCAGAGAUUGGAACGUCAGAAUUGGCAGUGUAUUCCCUGUGCACUCUGUAUAGGGUGCCUAUAGGGUGCCAUUUCAGACACCCCACUGUGAGCGAACCCAACGACCAAAUAUUGAUGUCAUGACGAUAACGUGUUUAAACAUUUAUGCAAAUAUUUUGUUAGCCUGAUCCCAGGUCUGUUUGUGCUUUUGCUAACUCCAUUGUUGUCAUUGUCAAGCCCACUAGCCUGAUCCCAGAUCUGGCUGUGGUCUUGCUAACUCCAAACUAAAGACGAUUUCCGUAAGGAGCAGAAACCGAUCCGGCUGUUUGUUGGUUCAGUAAAAUGAUGAAUAUAACGUCGCAUCAACUGUAAUCCAUGUUACUGAAAUAUGUUGGUUCUGUUUUCAUUCUUUUUAAUCAUAUUUAAAGUUGUCGUAACUUGA